AUGGCAAUUGCAAAUAUAAAUGAAUGUGAAAAUAACCCUUGUGUUGGUGGUAGAUGUAUCAACAGUAACGGAUCAUUUUCAUGUUCCUGCCAAAACAAGACAGAACUUUUAGAAGAUAAAAAAACUUGCAGAGCUUGCCAAUACGGCUUCUAUGGCCCCAACUGUGCUGAAAAUUGUACCUGCAACACUACCAACACCAAACCACAAAUCUGUUUUAUUGAAAAUGGAAUCUGUGAUUGUUUAAAUGGCUGGACUGGUGAUGACUGUAGUACUGAUGUUGAUGAGUGUAGUACAAAUGAUGUUGUAUGUCCAAUCAAUGCAGAGUGUGUCAAUGCCCCUGGUUCUUACAGAUGUGUCUCAUGUGAUGAGAACCACUAUGGCCAGGACUGUAAGAAGAUUUGUACAUGUGUAAAAGACAACAGCAAUAACUGCGAUGCUGCCAAUGGAACUUGCACAUGUAAACCAGGCUGGACUGGCUCUAACUGUGAAACAGAUAUAGACGAGUGUUUGAACAACAGCUACUGCCCAGAUAUACAUGAUAGUUGUUUUAAUUUAAAUGGUUCUGUAGAGUGUAGAUGUCAUCAAGGAUAUCAGAGAAUUGGUGGAUCUGACUGCCAAGAUAUAGAUGAAUGCUUUGAUCCCACCUACUCUUGUGAUGAGACAAAACAAUGCAUAAACGCACAAGGCUCAUUUGAUUGUGUAUGUAAACAAGGUUAUCUGUAUGUCAACAGUACUGUUCCCUGUAAAGUGAAUUUUCAAAGCUUUUCAAUGCAGCUAAGACUGAAUAUUGUACCAGACCCUAAUGUUUUUAUUUACAACACAAAACAGUUCAUCUCUCUAAAAUUCAGCAUUGAAGAUAGUCUAAACAAGUUAGGUGGAGAUAAAGUGGGAAAAGAAUUUCUUCCAUUUGUCAUUUCAAAGUUUACAAAUGGCUCUAUCAUAGUUCAUACAGCCAUUGUGGUAGACAUGACUUAUACCAGCACUCCUGCAUAUUCUGCAUCAAAGUUUGCCAUCAGUUUAAAAAAUAAUCAAAAUAUAACUGUUGGUUCUGAUAUAGUAGAAAUCAUGAAUAUUUUAAUCCAAAAUCAACCAAUUCCAGACAAGACUUGUGACCUGUACACACAGCUCACACAAGCUUGUUUAUCCAGUGAUAAUUGUUAUAAGAAUCCUCAGAAUCUUACAGAGUGUCCAACAAUUAUAAAUGAUACAGACAGAUUGCCCUUAAUUCUGGGACUUUCAAUUGGGAUUGGUUUGUUUAUUAUCAUCAUUGUGGUUAUUGGUGUGUUUGCUUUUGCUCAUCAAAAGAAUUUAAGCAAAUAUCAUCUAUAUUCAAAGCCUCUCAAUGAUAAUAAAAAGCAUACAAAAGAAGAAACAAGUUAUCAAUCCUUUGAACUACCUCCUGUCAUGGAAAGUGAUCCAGCCGCUGAAUGCUUAAAGUAUAAUCCAGUUCUUUCUCCUUUUAGUGAAGCUAUAUAUAAUGAAAACAUGAUGUACUGAAAUACUCAAAAUUUCAUAUUUAUUUAAGUAUUUAAUGUUUUCAAAAAAUAUUGUACUACCUGCAUUAAUAAAUAAUAAGUAGGCUUACAUUUUUAAAAACUGAUAAACACAUUGAAUUGAUGGCUAGCAAUUAUGAAUAUUAUAGAUAAAUAUAGGAUUCAUUUGGACUGUAUUUAGCAAUUCAUUGUUAGACUUUGUAAAAAGUAUUUGCAGUUAGACUAUUUAUCGUAAAAUUGUUUAAAAAUUGAUACAUAUGAUUUUGCUUAACCUACAUAUUGAACAUACAACAGCUC